AUGGCGCCUAAUAAACAGGAUGCGCUCAGCUAUCUCGACCAGGUCAAGGUUCGCUUCGUCGAGCAGCCAGAAGUCUAUAACCGGUUCCUUGACAUUAUGAAGGAUUUCAAAAGCCAAGCUAUCGAUACACCCGGCGUCAUCCAGCGUGUUUCGACCCUCUUUAACGGCCAUCCUGCUCUGAUCCAAGGAUUCAACACCUUCCUACCCCCCGGGUACCGUAUAGAAUGCGGAACAGACGAUAACCCUGAUGCAAUCCGCGUGACUACUCCCUCGGGCACAAAUACCAUUUCUAUGCAGUCUGGUUCUAGACCCUCGUUAGGCGCCCCCGAAGGAGCCGGCCCUGCAGUGCAAUCCGCCUCGGCUUCACGUCCCGAAUACUACGACCAGCCUCGCAGCGCAUGGCAGCAUGGCCAUGCUCAGCAACAGGCACAGCCAGGCCAUCCAUCAGGUGCGCCUGGCUCAUACUCGCCUAAGUCGCAGCAUAUGGCCGCUGGAAUGUACGGACAGCAACAGCAGUCUAGGCACAACCCAUCCCAGGACACACAGUAUGAUUACCAGGCUCAGCAUGAGCAACAAGCUUCCAGCGAGGCCGCCUCAAUGGUUCAUCAACAGGAACAACGCGGAGUUUCGCAGUUGCAGAAUGCUGUAUCGGUCGCCUCCGGUGCAAGUCGGCAGCCAAUGAUGCAGCUCCCGCCGGGUUCCCAUACACCCGGCCCAUCGCAGCCUAUGGGCUCUAUGGCCGCCGGUAUGGGCCCGUCGGGUGUUAUGCCAGGUCAGGUUGAUGCUUCGAAGCGUGGGCCUGUUGAGUUUAACCAUGCAAUUAGCUACGUCAAUAAAAUCAAGAAUCGCUUCUCCGACUCCCCCGAGAUAUACAAACAGUUCCUUGAAAUUCUACAAACAUACCAACGCGAAUCAAAGCCCAUCCAAGACGUUUAUACCCAGGUCACUCACCUUUUCGGCGCCGCUCCUGAUCUUCUAGAAGACUUUAAACAAUUCCUACCAGAGUCCGCCGCACAGGCGAAAGCUCAAGCUCCACCUUCAACCCGCCAGUCGCAGGAAGAGGUCCCCAUCAUCAGCAAUGUACGUGGAGAACCCGGCUAUGGUUCUGCAGGUCUGCCACAACCCCAGAUGGCGAGAAGUGAUGUGAAGAUGCCACCGCUAGGACAGUUUAACGUCAAAGAUUCAACCAAGGAGAACAAAAAACGACGUGGUGCUCCAGGUGCCCAGGCCGUCGGCGGAGGAAUGCCCGGCAUGCAGCCAGCAGUUGGCGACAUGAAUGGUGCCCAGAUGAACAAGAAUGGCCCCCAGCAGAUUGGCAUGAAUAAGAGAACAAAAUUGAGCCAUAAGCCAUCUGCCACGGAUGCUCAUCAACCUACCAUCUCACCAACUCUGGUCCCUGCAUUGCCUGAGCCGAUACCUCCAAGCUUCUCUCUUACUCCCUCCCACGAAGAAUAUGCCUUCUUCGACCGGGUGAAGAAAUUCAUCGGCAACAAGCAAACAUUCGGAGAAUUCCUCAAGCUCUGCAACCUUUACUCUGCGGACCUGAUUGACCGCAAUGUCCUCGUCAAUCGUGCCGCGGGUUUCAUCGGCGCAAACCAGGAAAUUAUGUCCUGGUUCAAGAGAUUCAUGCAUAUCGAACCGAAGGACGAGCUCAUCGAACCCAAGGCCAAACCCGAUUCCGGGUCUGUCAAUCUCUCUCACUGCCGUGCGCUGGGACCAAGUUAUCGUCUUCUACCUAAGCGUGAGCGUCAAAAGGCCUGCAGUGGCCGUGAUGAGCUAUGUAGGAGCGUAUUGAACGAUGACUGGGCCUCUCACCCAACUUGGGCCUCUGAGGAUUCUGGCUUCGUUGCCCAUCGCAAGAACCAGUACGAAGAUGCUCUGCACCGUAUCGAAGAAGACCGCCACGACUAUGACCACCAUAUCGAAGCCUGCAUCCGCACUAUUCAGCUUCUGGAACCCCUAGUGCAGCAGAUUUCACUUAUGAGUGACAGUGAUAGGUCGUCGUUCAAGCUGCCGCCCGGCCUUGGAGGACAGAGUGAGACCAUCUACCGACGAGUCAUCAAGAAGAUAUACGACCGCGAACCCGGCCAGCGAGUCAUCGAAGAGAUGUUUAACCGGCCUUGCCUCGUGCUGCCGAUCGUGCUUGCCCGGCUGAAGCAGAAAUGCGAAGAAUGGAAAGCAACACAGCGUGAAUGGGAUAAGGUGUGGCGAGAACAGAUGCAGAAGGGUUUCUGGCGAAGCUUAGAUCACCAGGCUAUCAUCAUGAAGGGCAACGACAAGAAGGUGUUCUUGAGCAAACAUAUCCAGCAUGAAAUUCAGACGAAGUUUGAAGAAGGCCGGAAUCGUCGUAGGACUGGAGUCCAUGUCUCCAAUUACCAGAUGGACUUCGCCUUCGAGGAUUCUGAGGUGGUCCUUGAUGCCACCCAUCUGCUUCUCUGCUAUCUCGACCACAGCUCUGCCGGCUUUGGUGCUGAUCCGCAGCGCGUUAUGGCUUUUAUCAAGGACUUCAUUCCCGUCUUUUUCGGAAUUGAUCGGGAAGCUUUCAAGAAUUACCUAUCAGAGGUGUAUGACAGUUCAUCGGCAAGUGAGGAUGCUGACGAUGAUAGCUCGCCGGACGAAGCUCCCAUACGGCCAAAGCGCAUCACAAGCGGGAAGAAAUUCGAGCUUCUGCGCGAGGUUCUCAACAGAUGCCCAGAUCGGUCUAACCGGCCCGAACUUGACCUCAGAGCCGGUUCUACAGCCGCAAGUCGAGCAUCAACUCCUCUGUCGAUGAACGAUUCCACACCCGCGCCUCGUUCAGGUGAUAACUUUGAUAUCGCCGAGCUUCGAUGGAUGGACCAUCCUACUCGCGGAAACUUCCAUCACAAACGGGAAUACCCGCUCAACGAGCCCUACAAGAAGAAAGUCCAUCAUUUCUACUGCAAUCUUACCAUCUACUGUUUCCUAUAUACCUUUGAAAUUCUUUAUCGUCGGCUGUUGAAUGUGAAGCAGUAUGAAAAGGAAGCCCAUGAGGCCGUUCGUCGUGCCAUGGCACCCAAGGCCGCCUUGGAGCUGGGAAUGAUUGACAAAACGCCCGCUGAUCUGCUUUAUGACACCGACCCCAAAGCAAACUUGUACCACCAGAUCAUCCGCAUGUGUGAAGAGGCGAUUACGGGUAAUUUGGAGCUAACGCAUCUCGAGGAAACCCUGCGCCGCUUCUACAUGAAGAACGGAUGGCAACUCUAUCAGCUUGAUAGAAUUAUGGGUGGUAUUGCAAAGUACGCUGCCGGUGUGUUCAAUGGUGAUGUCAAGGACAGAAGCUCGGAUGUUAUAAAUCUGUUCUACAAAGAGCGAGAGAAAGAGGAGACAACUCAUAACCAAGAGCUCCAAUAUCGCAAACAGGUGGAACGAUUAAUUAAGGAAGGAGAUAUCUAUCGUGUCACAUUUGUCCCUGCUUCGAAACAUGUCUUGGUCCAGCUUUUAACCCCAGAUCAGAGUACACUGGAAAGUGACGGCCUGGGUCAUGAAGCUCGAUGGUCCUACUAUGUUUCUGCCUACACUAUGCGCGAUCCCACUGAGGGAGUUCUCUUCUCGGACAUGCGCAUGCCUUUCUUGAAACGCAACUUGCCUCCCAAGAUGGACUCGGAUGAAGAAUAUAAUAACUUCUACAAGCCACUUGUCCAUCACGACGGCCUAGUCAUACGCAUCUGCGCUAACAGCUAUAACAUUUUGUACGAGCCAGGUACCCAGGACUGGUGGUAUCGCCAUGAAACCAACAAGGAAAUCAAAGCCCCAGAGAACAUGAGGGAAUACGCCAGCUUGAAAGAAAAGCGCAGAGAUCGGUUCAGAGGGAAGUUUGUGAACAACCCUGCCUGGGCCCGUGGACUGAGCAAGGAUGAAGUCGACAAGUCAAACCAGCAGUUCAGGACUUGGGUUGGUGCCAUUGCAGAGGACACAGUACCAGCCGUCGCCACUUCUGACACCGCAGCCGAGCCUAAAUCUGACGACAAGGCUGCUUCAUCUGCCAGUCGUGAGAAAGACACAGCUGCCCCCAAAGUAAAAGGCGAAGAACCGGCGGACGAGGACCAGGAAAUGGGCGGCGUUGAUGCUGAAUCUUCAAAGUAG